AUGGACAUCAGUUAUGGGUUUAUAAACAGCUGCCUCCAGUCUCUGGUGAUGGAAAAGUUUGGCCAGAAGACCUGGGACAAACUGAGAUCUCUACCAGGGGUCCAGGAUACGUUCAUGACAUAUACAGUUUACGACGAUAUCCUAACCCUCAGCCUGGUGCAGGAGGCCUGUUCACUGCUGGAUGUCCCCGCUGAUGUAUUUCUUAAGCUUUUUGGAGAACAUUUCUUUACUUUUUGUAAGCAAGCGGGCUAUGACACCAUGCUGAGGACACUGGGAGGAAAUCUCAUUGAAUUCAUAGGAAAUCUGGAUGCUCUCCAUAGUUACCUGGCUCUGUCCUAUCAGGAAAUGAACGCACCAUCUUUCCGAGUGGAGAUGACAGACGAUGGGAAGAUGCUACUUCACUACUAUUCUGACAGGAAGGGCCUGUACCAUAUUGUACCUGGUAUCAUAGAGGCAGUUGCCAGAGAUUUUUUUAAUAGCAAAGUGACCAUGGUGGUUCUCAAUCAAUCAGAGGAAGAUGAGCGGACAGGGAAGAAGGAGCACGUUGUGUUUCUGGUCAAAGAGACCCACCAAGCUAGCAAGACUAGAGACCUGGACCAUUCCAGUUACAGAGAGGGGGCAUUAAGAGCAAUGAGAGAGAGGUGUGUGUCACUGGCUGGGGAAAAGAGUGGCUGGGAACUGAUCAGAGCUGUGGUUCUCUCAGAAAAAGGCCACCUCCAGUGCACCUUCAGUCCACAUUACCCAAACAAGCUGUGGAUGGAAGAGAAAACUUUCUGCAACACUUUUCCCUUCCAUAUUGUCUUUGAUGAAAAUCUGAAGGUAAGGCAGGCAGGAGUGAACCUACAAAAGUUUGUUCCAGGUCUCCAGGCCCGAGAUGCUACAGUGGACCAAUACUUCACCAUUAUACACCCACAGGUGGCUUUUACCAUUGAGAGCAUCAGGAUAUUCAUCAACAGUCAGUUUGUCUUGAAGAGCUACACAGACAAACACACCACGCUCAAACUAAGAGGUCAGAUGUUGUGGAUGGAGUCUCUUGGCUGUAUGCUGUACCUGUGUUCUCCGAAGCUACGAAGCCUCCAGGAGCUUCAAUAUGUCGGCCUCCACCUGGCCGACCUGGCCCAGCAUGACGUCACCAGAGACCUGGUUCUUCUUAACCAGCAACGUUUAGCUGAGAUGGAGCUCACCAACCAGCUGGAGAGGAAAAAAGAGGAACUGAGAAUCCUGUCGCGGCACCUUGAGAUUGAAAAAGAAAAGACAGAGACUCUGCUGUAUGCCAUGCUGCCACGCCACAUAGCCAAUCAGCUUAAAGAUGGGAAGAGCGUAAAGGCAGGGGAGUUUGAGGUGUGCACUAUUUUGUUCAGUGAUGUGGUAACCUUCACAAACAUCUGUGCUGCCUGUGAGCCCAUCCAAAUUGUUCACAUGCUCAACUCCAUGUACUCCAAGUUUGACCGGCUCACCACUGUACACGACGUCUACAAGGUUGAGACUAUUGGUGAUGCAUACAUGGUGGUGGGUGGCAUCCCAGUCCCUACAGAAACCCAUGCUCACAGAGUGGCAAACUUUGCUUUGGGUAUGAGGAUAGCAGCCAGAGAGGUCACCAACCCCGUAACAGGCGAGCCCAUACAGAUCCGUGUGGGUAUGCAUAGCGGUCCAGUGUUAGCUGGGGUGGUGGGAGAGAAGAUGCCUCGCUACUGUCUGUUUGGAGACACUGUUAACACUGCGUCCAGGAUGGAGAGUCAUGGAGUCCCUGACCACAUUCACAUCAGCACUCCCACAUAUAGUGAACUGAAGAAUUCAGGGUUCAACAUACAAGAGCGUGGGCAGAUUGAGGUGAAGGGCAAAGGCCAGAUGACCACUUACUUCCUGUUAGGGAACCUGCUGGUGUCAGAAGAUAGCAUCAUGGGACGAGAGGUUGGAGAAACCCGUCUUUACAUGGAGGACCUUCAUGGCAAGGGCAAAACAGAGCCUGACAAAGAGCCUGAUGUGAGAACUAAGACUGAGCAGAGGAACACACUCUCAGAUGGAGUCAUCGCCUCGGACCUCAGCCGCUUAGACGCCAUCACUCCCUUUGCCUGGGACAUCACCUCGCCGUAUGAGACCAACGAGAACAGCUACAACACACCUGCAAAGAGCAGACUGUGUGUCUUACUCUGA